GGGAGAUACAUGAGUGUCGCUGAGAAGUAGAACGACAGAGAAAGAGAAAGAGAAACAGAAAAAGAAAAAGUAAAGGAAAAAGAGAGAAAAAGAGAGGGAAAGAGAGAGAGAGAGAGAGAGAAAAAGAGAGAGAGAAUAAGAGAGAGGAAGAGAGAAAAGAACAGAGAAGAAAAAAAGAAAGAAGAGUGGGAGCAUGAGUGUAUGAAGCGAGCGGGAAACGGCGAACCAAUCGGAGAGUUGUUCGGUAGGUGGCGCAGUGGGGGCUGCGCUACGUGUUUCACAGAACAGUUGAUAACCGAACGAGCUCGUCGCAGCAUCCGUUCUUGGUUUCGCGCUCAGUCGGCUGCCGGAGCUCGUGCGGCGUACUUCUUUGUUCUUCUUAAAUAAUGUAAGUAAAGUACAUCGUAAGUAAAAUCAUUGAAGGAGAUCGUUCACGUGGUCCGAAUGUCUCUCUAUUCAUUAAUAAAUUAUUCGAUCGAGUGAUUUUCAUUCAAAAUAAUUAUCGAAAGACUAUAUAUAUAUAUAUAAUUUAUAAUACGAGUGCGAGAGAGAGAGAGAGAGGAGAGAGAGAGAGAGAGAGAGAAAGAGAGAGAGAGAGAGAGAGAGAGAAAGAGAGAGAGAGAGAGAGAGAAAGAAAGAAAGAGGGGACAUUCACAUUUUCAAAAAGUGAAGAGUGAAAUUUGACGUCUUCGCGAAAAUCUGCAAUUCCAAAACUUCUUUUCCAGUUUCUUUGGUAAGUAAAAAAAAAAAAAGGCGAAUAAAAAUUUGAGGACGUCUGGCAUCACUUCGAUUCAACCGACGCGUUUCGAAAUCUCAUCCGAUCGAACGUGCCCGGAAAGAAAGAAAAGGAACACUAUUCUUUACGUCUUUACGGUAAAUGGUGAUACGCAUGGAAAGCAGAUCGAGAUAUGCUUCUCGUCUCCGACAUAUUUGAGCUUGGCACACUGGAGGAAUCGAAUUCCGCAGUGAAGAAAAUGACCUAGAACGAUCUCAAGACGCGAGCCUUCGUUUUUCACGCUAGUAACUCCUUACGUAUCUAUUUCCGGUGCGAAAAUAGUCCCGCGAACGAAUUCGUGCUUUCCGAGAAGAAGGAGUCGCGACAAUUUCGAGGAUUGCCGAUGCGGAAAAUGAGUUUCCGUGGGGAAGAAGCAACGAAGAGGAAGAAUAAAAAAAAGUGUGAAGCAUUCCAGCGAUCCUCGAGUGAAAUGAAAAAUGAAGGGAAAGGACAUGAAGUACGAAAUUCAAGAAAUAUCUCAUCUAAAGUGAACAAAGUGUCAAAGAUGACGAGGCUCGGAGGGAUGCUGGUUGUUGUGGAAGCCAUUCUGAUGACUACAUUCUUUAUCAGUUCAACGGCUGAACUUUACACAGCAUUGGCAGAUAUGGAAGAACUUUUGGAAACCGAAUCGGUUCUUAUAGACACUCUCAAUGGAUACAUAAAAGCUCAGGAGCAACGAUUGGCUACUCUAAGAAAGAACGUAGAGGAUUACAUGAGGGAACACGAGGAGGCUUCAAGAAAUAUACAGCAAUAUUUGUCCAAUCCGAUAAAUGCUUAUCUGUUGGUCAAGAGAUUAACCACAGAUUGGAAAAGGGUUGAAGAACUUAUAACCGAAGACGUUGGCAAGUCAUUCGUAGCGAACAUCACGAAUUCAAGGAGCGACCUUAAGUUUCCAACGGACGAGGAUCUCAAUGGAGCUGCAGUUGCUCUUAUGAGAUUGCAGGAUACCUACAAACUAGAGACCGCACAAGUAGCCAGAGGUGUUCUAAAUGGGGUACAAUAUAGCACCGGUUUAAGUGCAAGUGACUGUUUCGAACUAGGACGACAAUCUUACCAUAAUAGAGAUUACUAUCACACCGUGUUAUGGAUGCAAGAAGCUAUGGACCGUCUGCAAGAAGAACAGAACACAACGACAACUUCCAAGCCGGAUAUUCUUGAGUAUUUGGCUUUCUCCACGUAUAUGCAAGGUAAUGUUGCACGUGCUCUGAGUAUGACAAAUGAGCUUUUGGAAUUAGUACCAACCCAUGAACGAGCGCUUGGUAAUCGAGCUUAUUAUCAAAAGGAAAUUCAAAGUAAAGCAAAUCUUAUGAAAAAGAAACGCGGAGAGGAUGGACAGGACGAUACAGCGAUACCUGAACAGCAUUUUACUGUCACCGAGGAAAAGGUAAAAACUUGGGAAGAAAUGACAGAGAGGGAAAGAUAUGAGAUGCUCUGCCGUGGUGAAGUUUCAAUUCCACCGAAAAUACAGAAGGAUCUAAAGUGUCGUUACGUCGAUCGUGGAAUUCCUUUCUUGAAAAUAGCCCCACUCAAGGAGGAAGAAGCUUAUCUUGAUCCUAGGAUCGUCGUUUAUCAUAACGUCAUUUAUGAUGAAGAGAUCGAAACGAUCAAAAGAAUGGCUCAACCUAGGUUUAAACGUGCCACCGUUCAAAACUACAAAACCGGUGCACUUGAAAUUGCCAAUUACAGAAUCAGCAAAAGUGCAUGGCUUCAGGAACAUGAACACAAACACGUAGCAGCUGUGAGCAAACGUGUUGAGCACAUGACCAGUAUGACCGUUGACACUGCAGAAGAGUUACAGGUUGUAAAUUACGGUAUCGGUGGUCACUACGAGCCUCAUUUCGAUUUUGCAAGGAAAGAAGAAACGAAUGCUUUCAAGAGUUUAGGAACUGGAAAUCGUAUUGCCACCGUUCUAUAUUACAUGAGCGAUGUAGAGCAAGGUGGUGGUACCGUAUUUACUGCCAUUAACAUAUCUCUUUGGCCUAGAAAGGGUAGCGCUGCUUUUUGGUACAAUUUGAAACCAAAUGGCGAGGGUGAUUUUAAAACGAGACAUGCAGCCUGUCCAGUACUUACGGGAUCUAAAUGGGUCGCUAACAAGUGGCUUCAUGAAAGAGGACAAGAACUUCUUAGGCCUUGCACAUUAGAAAAUCAAUCUGCAGAUGAGGCUGACAUUAGACAUUGAACAAAAUUCAUAAGCCUGCGACUACAUUGAUUCGUUAAGUAUCAAAUCGAAUCGAAUAAAAUAUUUUCGUUCGAAGUUAUAACGAAGAUAAAAAAGACGAGCAAUCUAGUCGCAGUUCGCUUUUGAUUCGAUCUUAUGCUAAAGUUACGAAAUAACACGUGGCUAUUAUUAAAAAGCGAGAAUUCAUUUUGCGAAGAAUUCAUAAUCUCGAAAAGAUAAAUACAUUGGGAAAUAUCAUAAUAUUAUAUCGAUAAUAUAUGGUAAACGAAAAAAUUCAUUGAACCUCUCAUUUUCGAUAACUUUCUUUUUACGAUUGCGAAUAACUUAUUAAUCGUUAUUUAAAUAGACAUUGAUUAAUGAAGUUUGACUAAAUAAUACAUUUGUCUGCCCAUUCGUUUUAUUUAUUACAAAGGUAAUAACACAUUUUUUACCUGGAUUUAUUAUUUAAUUAUUAACAUUCCCAUCAUGUAGUGAACAUUUUCAUGGAAAGGAUGCAUUUAUUAUUUGUUUUCUCUUUUUUUUUCAUUUCAUUAUAGAGAUCUACGAAAAAACAAACGUAAUAAUUAUUAACCAAUGAGUUUUUAACAUGGCAGAGAGUAUAUGAUUUUAUGAAAAAUGGACUAUUCUCGUCACAUAUUUAGAGAUAUUUUCGUGCUCCAAUGUUUCCUAAGUGUUUGCUCAAUUUUUGUAAAUAUUAUACGAUAAGGAUAUAUUUUAUAGUUUAAGACUUACAUACAUUUGGCCGGAUCUUUGCGUUUAACCCUUUGCGGAAAAAAAGAAACAAUUUAUAACUUAGCGAUAUAUGAUGGUAUUCUUUCAAAAAAGAACAUAGACAUUUAUAAUUUAUGCUUAUGUCAAAAGUAUAGGUAUUAAAGAUUCAACAAACAUAUAUUACGUAUAUAUAUAUAUAUAAACGUAUUGAUCAUGUCGUCGAUUUUUUCUGUCGAAUUAUAUGUACGUUAAUUAUUUAGAUUAAACUUAUAGGUAUAUGUAUAUGGAAUCGAUCGUCCGCAUAGGAUUAAACGAAUUGUAUACGAAUUGCUUGUAAAUGAACGAAACGAAAACGGCGAGUAUAUAAGAUAACACAUGAUUGUUCCUUUCCUUUUCUUUUUGUUUUCUUUUUUUUCCACGGUAAUAUCGAGCUUUAGGAAAUAAGACGAAUGUCGUUCAUAAAGUCUCUCAAUCGAAUAAGAGAUAUACUCUGCUCAAUUAUAGAAUAUUUACGUAAACUCAAACAUACCAUUAGCUCCAAUCACUUAUUUCUAUACUCCACUCUCAAAGUCUUUGAUUUCUUAAUUAAACGAAUUUUAUUUCCAUAAAUCAUGUGUAUACGUAAGUAUAUGCAUAUAUGUAGACAAAAAUGAUUUGUAGAAACUGUAUGAUGCAGUAACGAUACGAGAUAAAGGAUAAUUAAGAGAGAAUAAUUAUAAUUUGAGAAUGCGAUCGUCGUAUUGUAAACGUGAUUUCUUUUGGGAUCAUUUAAAAAAAAAAAAGAAAAAAAAAAAAAAGAAAGAAAAAGAAAUUUAAUCUUUUCAAGAAAAUAAAAUUAAUUUGAUAUCGAUAAUUAAUACGACAAGAUCGAUGAAAUGAAUGAAAAAGAUUUAUUUCACAUUUACAUACACAUGAUAGUACACAAAUAUUCAGAAUAAUUUUAUAAAAAUGACAUUCACAACAUUAAAAAUAGUUACAUCAGAUCGUGUAACAAGUCAAAGGUCUUGAAAGUCAGACAUAUUCAAUUUCAAAUCUUGAAAAAUUUACAUAAGUAAUUCUUUUCUUUCUUUUCUUUUUUUCUUUUUUACGCGUAUACAAUAUUUAACAAUUGAAGAAGCAUUCAUAGAGUUUAUAAAAAUCUCAUCGCAUUCUCGUUCGACCGAGAGGCGCACUCGCGCGUUGUUAAAAUGCGUUGUUAUCGCACAGGAUUAUUGUUAGCCUGACAAAAGGCCGAAGUAAUUUAUCCUGCAAGCGAGUUUUUCUCGUACGCGUUACGAAAUAAAGCGGAUCUGCGUGUAAUUCCCGUGCGUAAAACGAUCGAGCGAACGAUCCGAUCGUUUUAAUUAAAGUUCAACGAAAAAUAUAAUAAAUAAGGGAAAAUUAUAAAA